AUGCUCUUCGCUAAGAACUGUCUGUUGGCCACUUCCGCCUUGGCCGCCGCUGUGACUGCGGACUGGACAACGGACACUUACGAUGCGAUAAUCGUUGGAUCUGGACCAGCUGGAAUUAUCGUCGCAACCAGAAUGGCCGAAGCUGGCCUGCAAACGUUAUUGCUUGAGGCAGGCGGGCCUUCAUACGGAAUAACCGGCGGUGACUUGGACGCGCGAAGACCUUCAUGGCUCAGCGGCACGAAUCUCUCCCGAGUUGAUGUUCCCGGCCUUUACAAAUCAAUCUACACUACCAAUGAUGGGUUGACCUGCAGCUUGAACAGCUACGGAGGAUGCACCAUAGGUGGAAGCUCUGCGAUCAAUGCUGGUCUGUUCUUCAAGCCGCCGACGAGUGAUUGGGAUCUUUAUUUUCCUGAAGGGUGGCACUCUGCAGAUGUGGAGACUGCCAACCAACGAUUGACCGCGCAACAGCCUUCCACUGAUAACACUUCGCGCGACCAAGUAAGAUACCUCCAAACUGGCUACGAUGCCGCUAGAAAAUGGAUUGUGGAUGGUCUUGGCUUCACGGACGUGGAUCUCAACGCUCAAGCAGACGAGAAGACGGAAGUGUUUGGACAUCCAGUCUUCGACUACGCCGAUGGCCAGCGUGGUGGACCGGUAGUCUCCUAUCUCCAGUCAGCUCUGGAAAAGCCAAACUUCCAGAUCCAAACUAACGUCACAGUCUUGCGGGUAGAAAGAAAUCUCACUCAAGCAACUGGAGUAUAUGCCAAUAUUACCGGAGUGGAAAAAGUCAUCUCUCUUAAUCCCAAUGGGCGCAUCAUUCUCAGCAGUGGUGCGAUCCAAAGUCCCAAACUACUAAUGAUGUCUGGUAUUGGAGAUCCAGCAGUCUUAUCCAAGAUUCAAGCAGCUGGGAAAAUGAGCACAGCUCUUCAAUCAAGUGACUGGAUCAAUUCAACAAGCAUUGGAGCCGGGCUUUUCGAUAACCCAAACACCUUUAUCGAACUUGAGGGUCCGGCCAUCCAAUCGUACGUUUACUCUUACGAUUCUCCCAUCGACGAAGAUGCACAAGCCUACGUCCAAAACCGUAACGGCCCCUACACAUUCGCAUCCGAGACGGCUGUAUUCUUCGACACUUUCACGCGUGACGAUGGCAGCAAUGUGACCUUCCAAGGUACGAUUGACUCAUCUGGAUACCAAGACUACAUGUCCAACACCACCAUUACGCUGAAUAUCUACGGGACGGCGGGUUUGAAGUCCAAGGGCAACGUAGUGCUAAACGAGCAAGCGGAUUUCGCGCCCGGUGCCGACGGAAAUGUCUACUACUCGGACGCAACAGACGCCGAGAACAUUGCGGGUUUCAUCUACAAGAUCUUCCAAAAGCUCCCUGACUCCGGGCUCACAUCCCUCAACAUCCCGCAGGACGCUACCAAAGAAGAUAUCCAAACGUACAUCACGACCUAUUCGGCAUACGCACUCGGUAGCGUCAACCACUGGUCCAGCAGUUGCAGGAUCGGAGAGUGUGUAGAUGCACAGACGAGAGUGAUUGGGAUGGAUAAUUUGCACGUGGUUGAUGGCAGUAUUGUGGCUCCGCUUUCCGUUAAUCCGCAGUAUGGGAUUAUGGUUGCGGCCGAGAAGGGCAGUGAGUUGAUUUUGGCGCUUUAUGGGAAGAGUCUUGAUGGGACGAAUUUGUGA